AUGGCCAGGCUGGGUUUAGUUGGCCCUACGACACCGAGAAUCUCCUUGGUAGUUGCUGGUAGCGAGGCAUCUCCCAGUAAGAAAAAUUUCAAUGGAUCGAAGCUCGUCGUCGUCGUCGCCGACGUCCAACCCCUUCCCGCCGGGGUUUCGGUCCAGGCGAUCCCACGCAAAAUCUCGCAAUGGCUGUUUGACGUGCAAGCAGAGAAGGAAGAAGUGCGACGAGAAGAAGCCGUGCUGUACACUGUGCGAGACAAGUCUGAGGACUUGCACAUAUGCAACAGACCAGCACGAACGAGCUUCAAGAUCAAGCGAAUCACGUCCACCCGUGUCGGGGUCUUCGCUGCCAUCUCCAGUGCCGUCGCCGCCCCGGUCAUCUGGGAGUCGAUUAGCCCCUCCUCCGAGAGAAAUGCUGUCCAAGUCACCGACUCGGACCUCUACUUCCACUUUCUCAACCAUACGUGCCGGACCGCGCCCAGCUGGCAAAAGGACCGCAUCGUCUUGCAGGUCGGCAUCGCCAAGCUGGCCCUCGAGAGCGAGCUCGUCUCGCACUCGGUUCUGGCACUCUCUGCUACGUGUCUGUGCUGCGACACCAUCUCCGCUGGUCGAAGCGCCGAUCCCGAGACGGUGCGGCACAUUCUCGACAUGGGCUUGGAGCAUCACACGCUGGCCCUCGAGCAGAUGCGGACCAUGACGUCGCGACCGAGAGAGUCAGACACGCAACCCCUGAUCGCCAGCUCUCUGAUGCUGGUGCCCUUUGCCCUCGCCUUCCAGCACAUUCAGCACUGGGUGCUCCGGGCCAAGGGCGCACGCACCACGGACCUCUUGACCCCGCGCGACAUGAUUCUCUUACUGCGCGGGAUCCGGACGACCAUUGUCGCGCUAAACUCCAACCCCGUCGAGCCAGGUACUUCAAAGUCCAAGUCGCCGUGGGAGACGAUGUUUUCGGCGGCAGCCCAGUCGGCGGGAGAUGCCGCGACAGACUCACCGACCAUACCUGAACGGUCGCACACCAUGUUUCCCGUUGUGGGGGCGACGUUCCACCAGGCCUCGUCCCAGCUGCGAUGCCGGAUAGAAUGUGCGCUGGCCGGGCCGCAGGUCGACGAGAACAUGGCCGCGGUCUACGGGGCGUACGAGAUUCUGAGCGACAUCAUGACCAGCACGUUUACAGAGUGUCCGGAGACUGAGAUUCCCUUUGAAUAUGCUUCUUGUUGGCAAAAGUUCUCCGUCUCGCCCGACAGCCUCCUCGCCCAGGCGCCCGGCUGGCUCCACAACUUCAUCCUACAGCGACCAAAUCCGACGCACGCGGAGCCGCUGGCGCGAUCAUUCCUGGCCUUUUUCUCCAGCGCGCCACAGACGUACGUCGACCUGCUCCUACCCCUUCUCGAUCCUCACGCGGACAUGAACGCCGUCGCCGGGGACGAGUAUGGAGACGAGGAUAGAGAGCUCACGACAGCCGAAAUCUUGGCGCUGGAUGUCUAUGCGCACUGGCUGGUGCUGAUGCUCCUGCUGGAGAAGGAGACGUGGUGGGUGGGCGAGUUCCCGUUCGUGUCGCUACAGGGAUUGAUUGCGCGGUAUGGAGCGGCGUUUUUGGGGGGUGGCACUCGGCAGGAGCAGCAACAGCAGCAGCAGUGGUGGUGGCCGGCAGGGAUGCUGGAAGUCGCUGCGCGAGUGAGACAGUGGAAGUAA